GAGGCGGCUGCGGAGACGAUGAGCGUCAUCGCACUGAGCAGUGGUUUGUGAGUUGGCGCGGGGGCAGGAGAGGAGAGAGCACUCCGCCUUUUUUUUUUUUUUUUUUUUUUCUACACGUAGCUUUCGGGUUGUUGCAAAGCGCCCCGCCUGGAGGAUGCCGAAGACAACCUCCCCCCCCGCCCUCUCCCAUCAUUGCUGCUGCUCCAGUUGUGUAACGUCUUUUCUCCGAGUCGAGGCCAUCAGCCGCGCACGGCCCGUCCGUUUGCGUGGUGUUUGUCUUGUUCAACGGUGGCGUGGCUCAACCACCUACAGAAGCGAAAAUGCCGAGUGUUCUUGACGGACCCGUUUUGCGUCGUUUCCUGGCGGAAAAUCCUUAAUUGUGCGUGAAAAGUAGGUCACCGACACUUUUUCUUUUUCCAUCUUCAUCCGCUGCGGAGAAAGCUCGGGCGCACUUUGUGCUGUGAAGUGCGCGCGAAUUGGAUUACCACACUGCGUACAAGACGCCGUAUCUUUCUGCCUCACCAAGAUCCUGCGACGGAGACGUUUUCGGUGCGUCACUGCAUCGUCUAUAGCUGCAAGAGGCAGCGGUACCGUAACAUGGACCGCACUAAGUGGCUGCUGCUACUGUGGCCGCCUCUCCUGUUGCCGCACGGAGUGCAGGCGGGCGGCGAUCCAUCGCUGGAGCUGGCCAAGGCGCGCCUGCUCCAGGCCCUCGGUCUGGAAUCGGCCCCGCACAGAGGCUCCAGGCUACCUGUGGUGCCGGACCACAUGGCCAGGCUGUUCUCCAAGUGGCAAGACAACGAGGGGGCCUUCCUGACCACUGGCGGCGCCGCCGACACCGUCCGCAGUCACACGCCCUGGGGCCCGGACCGCGAGGCGCAGACCGGCGGAGCCCGCUUCCGCUUCAACGUGAGCGGAAACCCGGACGAGAGCCUGCUGGGCGCCGAACUGCGCCUUUUCCGGCUUCCGGCCGAGCCCGCCGAGUGCCCCGGUGGGCCGGCGCCCGUCGAACUGGUCCGAGCGUACGAAGUGCUCCGGCCGGCCACGCGCAAACUGGGCGAGGCGCACCUCAGGCUCCUGGACACGCGUGCCGUCUCGUCGCGUCACAAGGGCUGGCUGGCCCUAGACGUGCUUCCGGCGGUGCGGCGCUGGCUGGUCGGGGAGCCCAACCACGGCCUCUACGUCCAGGUCGUCGACGCCCGGACGGGCGCCUCCAACUCCAGCCGGGUCCUCCUGCGGCGCGAGCGGCACAGCGAGCGGUACUGGGCCCCGAGGCGGCCCGUGCUAGUGACGUACUCGGCCGACGGCAAGAGCGCGGCGGCGGCGCCUUCGCGGGUGCGCCGCGGCGCCCGGCGCCGCAAGCAGCCGCAGGGCAAGCAGGGGCGCGACGCGUGCCGCCGCCACUCGCUGCGCAUCGAGUUCAGUCACGUGGGCUGGAACGACUGGAUCGUGGCGCCGCCCAGCUACGAGGCGUACUACUGCCACGGCACGUGCCCGUUCCCGAUGCCCGACCAUCUGAACAGCACCAACCACGCGAUCGUGCAGUCGCUGGUCAACUCGAUGCGUGCCAGCAAGGUGCCCGGCGCGUGCUGUGUGCCCACUGACCUGUCGCCCGUGUCACUGCUGUACGUGGACGCGUUCGAGCGCGUCGUCCUCAAGAACUACCAGGACAUGGUCGUCGAGGGAUGCGGGUGCAGGUGAUAGCACUCUUCAACGUCUUCUCGUGGCAUUUGAAACUGAAUCUCAACGACGCUCGUAACAAAAGUGGUGCGAGGUGAUCAGCUCGAGACAAGUGACCCGCAGGGUGCCUUCGAGGACUGGAUAAGGCGACACUGGUGGUGCCAUCGAUCUCUCAAACCCCGAGAUUCGCCAAACAGCCUCUGGAAACUGGAAACCUAGUCGACACCACUACACCUUGAGACGACACGUCUUUCGGGACUGAGUGAGGAAGUCAAGCCAGCGCCAGGGCUGCUCAUUAAGACUUCCCCUCAAGGACGAAAUGUUAAGUGUCAAGUGAUGCUACUGUGCCUUUGAAAGACAAUCCAAUGGCCUAAUUAAAUGGCCUACUAACUAUACCACUGUCCCUGUGAGAACAGGUUUUUAGGGACCACAAGUCGAAACGAAUCGAUGCUGGCUGCUGCUAUACAAGAUGAAAAAAUAUGUAGGGAAAUCUGGUCAAUGACCCAACUGCUGGCUUGUCUAGCAGCUGUGCUAAGCACGAGUGAAUGCUUUACAGUACUUACAACCAAGGCAUGCUCUGUACAGCGCUUGUCCGAUUGCUUCAUACAACAGAUGACAAUUACUUGAAUGGGCAUGCUUGAGCAGGUUCUCUGUCCUUCACAUUGACAAAAUGGUAUAUAAAAUAGUAGUACCACAAGUGUUGUUGAGUGAGGCCCAAGCUUUUGCAUUAGAUUGCCUUAGAAAGCCUUAACAAUGCUUGCUUGUCAACCUGAGCAACUUGGUGAAGAGGAAGUGCUCGAUGCACAAGGGCUCAUAGCAUGAAUUUUGAAUGUGACAUUGCACGCUCACCUAUUCAGAUGUGCCAUGCUUUGUUUUGCUAUUUUCCUGGCAGCAUAUGAAACAAAUGGAAGUGAACAAUGGCAGACUUUAUUUUUGUAUUUUCUCUAUUUUUAUUUAGUUGUGCAUUGAAUUAAUUGCACAGUCUGUCGGGGUGUUCAGAAGGAAUCUCAAAACAUCGUUCUGCUGCUUAUUAGCAGACAGAUUAAAAAAAAAUGUAUAAACCAGUAUCAAUAUAAUGUCUUGCUUGUGUACACUGUAUGACUAUGUUUACCUUGUACCAUGUGCAAAUCACGGUGAUGAAGCUCUUCUGCGAAAUAGCUGAUGCAAAACUUAUGUAUCAAUAAAACAAAAGCACAACAGUGGGCAUACA